CUUCAGUCCUUUUAAUCCCCAAUAAUUUAUUAAACGAACGACAUUUUCAUUACCGUUAUUCUUCUUAAAACCUCUUUCCACAACCGUCGUCGAUCUUGUUCGACUUAAAUCUCUGUGGGUGUUCCUUUUUGCUAUUUCGUCCCUCUCGUCCCCCUCGCCCAACGCAAAAAAUGUUCUACCUGAUAGGUUUGGGUCUUUUUGAUGAAAAGGACAUCACUGUCCGCGGUUUGGAGACCGUUAAAAAAUGUGAGCGUGUUUACUUGGAGGCAUACACUUCAAUUUUGAUGGUUGAGAAAGAAAGACUCGAGAGCUUUUAUGGUCGAGAGGUAAUUCUUGCAGACCGUGAAAUGGUCGAGAGCUGUAGCGAUGAAAUCUUGAACGGUGCUGCAGAAAAGGAUGUCGCUAUGCUUGUUGUUGGUGAUCCGAUGGGAGCAACUACUCACUCGGAUUUGAUUCUCCGUGCUCGUGAGUCCAACAUUCCCGUGCGGUUGAUUCACAAUGCUUCCAUUAUGAAUGCUAUUGGUGCGUGUGGAUUGCAAUUGUACAAAUUCGGUCAAACUGUCAGUCUUGUCUUCUUUGAAAAUGGCUACCGUCCUCAAAGUUUCUACGACCGUAUCAAGGAAAACGCAGAACUUGGUUUCCAUACGCUUGUUUUGCUCGAUAUCAAAGUGAAGGAACAGAGCUGGGAAAACUUGGCUCGUGGACGCAAGAUUUACGAGCCUCCUCGUUACAUGUCGGCUUCUCUGGCUGCACAACAGAUGCUCGAAGUUGAAGAAGAGCGUGGUGAAGGCAUUUGCUCCCCCGAAACUCUCGCGGUCGCCGUGGCUCGUUUGGGUUCUGAUGACCAAACCAUCAAGGCCGGUACUCUUGCAGAAUUGGCCGAAACUGAUGUUGGUGCCCCUUUGCACAGUAUGGUUAUCAUUGGUAAAAAUGUUCACGAUUUGGAAAUUGAUUUCUUGCGAGCUUUUGCCGUCAAUUCUGAAACUUUUGACACCGUUUCUAAAAAAUAUCUGGCUCAUUAGACAGUCAUCCCAUUUAUAAACACAUAUACCUAUAUAGAGGCCUCAACUCUUAUAAGCCAAUAAAUGGCAUCCGAAACAUUCAUACACAGCGUGUAUGCAAGUUUCUCUCGCCAUACUAGUCAAUAAAUCACGUUUCAGAAUUUGUGGUAGUACUUUUAAACAUUGUCUAUUUUAACACAUUACUUAAGUAAAAUCAAGCUUAAUAAAGAAAGGAAUCGAGACACGCCGGCACAGCAACUAAAAUUCUGUUUGAAGGUAGAAAAGUGUAAAGAAGG